GCCUUAAACUAGGAGAUUGGAUAGAUCUCCGUGACUUCGAUGCCCACGUGUGUUAUUUUGCGCCCGUAGCUUAUGAGGUCGCAAUGCCAAUACUGCUUACCCCUUCGAGGCUUGAAGUUUUGGCCAAGAAGAGCUACGCAAUCUUGGUUCCACGACAUCUGGCACAGGAAUCGUAUAUAAUGCCGGCGCUGCUCAUCAUCUGUCUUAGACAAGUGGCUGAGCUAGGAAUUUGUGUCUUGGUGCUCUUUAUAAUACUUGUUUUCUUUCGUUUCUUUGGUAUAGAUCCUCGUCGUACGCUCCUGGGAGCCGGCUACCCCAUCGCUAUAUUUAAAUUCUUUCAUUUUCUCCUUCGCUUCACGUUCUCGACAUUUGCGUGCUUGUUGAUGUCUCUAUCUGUUGUGUUUAGUAAAGAUGUCUUCGGCCUUUUCUCGCCUCUUUCUCCUAGCCACGUCUGUGACGUCGGCGAUGGCAUCUUGCGGUUCAUUAACGCACCUCUUUCCAAGAGCUGAAGGAGAAGAGGUACCGAUCUCCACGUUUGGUUAUACUGGCGCAAUAGGUCCCGUUCUAUGGACUCAGUUAAACACCACCGCCAAUGGGCUUUGCUCCACCGGCUCCAACCAAUCGCCUAUUGACAUGGUGGAGGGGCAAUUCCAACUUAUCCCGGCAUCUGACACCGAGUUGACUAUUCCAGAUGUUCCUGAGGGCGCCACGUUCGAAAAUCUCGGUUCCACAGUCGAGGUAGUUAUGAAAGGCUUGGGUGGGACUUUCGUUUUGGAAAAUAAUAACUUCACGUUGCAACAAUUUCACUUCCAUCACCCUAGCGAGCACAUCGACAAUGGCGUCAGCCUUCCGAUGGAAAUGCAUCUAGUAUUCAGCUCGGAAACCGGCAACAUAGCGGUCAUCGGCGUCUAUGUUGAUUUGGUAGACAGCCCCCAGAAUGUGUCUGAGGCCCGCCUAACACGUCGACAAACGCCGUCGACCUUACUCGAAACGAUUUUUGGUUCCGUUGGGGAAAUCGCCACUCCCGGUACUAGCACAACGACCAAGCCAUUGGUUAUGUCAGAAUUGGUCGAUACAUUGAAGACGGGAAGCUUUCAGAGAUACGCCGGCUCUCUCACGACACCUCCCUGCUCUGAGGGUGUCGCAUGGUCUGUGUCAACCGAAAAGCUUAUGUUAUCCCGAGCUACAUUCCAGGCGGCGCGAGAUGUCAUUGGGUUUAACUCUCGUUUCCCUCAAAACGCCCUUGGUGACGAGAACGUCCUUGCACUCGCCUUUAGCGGAGCGGCUGCAGGAGCUCCAGCAACAGGGCAAGCAGCAAAUACUACCGCUGCACAUAGACGACGGGUGGCACGACGUACGAGAACCCAAUAAAGCAGACGUUGUCAACUACCAUUAGGUCCGGCGAAACUGAGACUGAGACUAGACAACCGAGACGUGAACUGGACUUGGACUGGUCUCUACUUAAGAGUCUCUCAGUUUGAAGCCCACGCAUGUUAGA